GACUACUAAAAAGAAAGUAUGCUUUCAAAAGUCAAAAUGAAUUUUCCAGCUUUGAAUCGGUUAAAAAUCCGAAGGGUGAAUGAUUUCUACAAAAUGUGCAAACGCAGAAAGAAUACAUUCGAGCAAGAACUUGAUUCUUCCAACUACGGAUAUUUGGAGGAAAGGUUGCAACAAGAGUUGCCUUAUUCUCUCAAGACGUAUUAUCCUGUCAAGCUACUCAGGAAAGGAGUUCUAAAAGACAAGCGUGUAUUGGUUGACCAGUGGCCAGAUUUCAAGACUGUUUUAGUAACAGACAAGCAGAGGAUGUCCACCCCACACCGGGUAUACUGCUUUUGUAAGGACGAUAACUCCACUUUGGUUGAUUCCAUUCUACGUCAGGUGUCCAACGAACUCGGGAGUUCUCUUGUCUUAUUUGGCUGCAGCCCGGGGAUCACUGACGAAUUAAUCAAAAUGAAUGGUUCGUUUGUCCGACGUCUUAUAGAAGAUACCAGCAUGUUAAUGUUUCCAAGGGAAAACUUCAAAAACUUAAAAAAACUUACACUUCCUGAUGGCUUUAAAGAGAAACGUUUAGAAGAGGAAAACGUGGAGUUAGUCCUCAGUAAUUUGCAAUAUAGAGAAGCUAAAGAAUAUAUUGUACACAUGAUUAACAUAUUGCCAAGCACGUGCAUUCUCAAUAAAGAUGACAAACCAGUAGCUUGGAUACUUCAGCAAGAGUAUGGAUGUUGUGGAAUGCUGCAUGUGAUGCCAGAAUAUAGAAGAUUAAAUCUUGGAAGCAUUGUAGGACAGCUUCAAGCCGAAAAAAUUUUUGAAAAUGGCGAUGAGGUCUAUUCAUGGGUAGAUAAAACAAAUCAUCCAGCACUAACUUAUAAUCUGAAAAAUGGUGUAGUUCCUUUGCCCGAUUUUAUUGUAACUUGUUCAGAAUACAUGUACAGAAGAGUGACAAAUUAAAGACUCAUAGAAUUUAGAUAUUAAAGCAAACACUUA